CCAGAGCCAAAGCUCCAAAAACCCCUUUCACAUUCUGGGUUUCUGCACUGCACUGAUCAAGCUCACACUGUCACCAUUUCCAUUUCCAUUAUCAUGUCUCUAUUCAGAAACAUCCUUUCUCGCCGCUUCCACACACUCCUCAACCCUCAAAACCCUCACACCCUUCACUAUUCCCUCAAAUUCCCACACAGACCCAUCACAUCCUUGCCCCAAACCCAAGACCCAGUUGCCCCAAAACCCCAAUUCAAGCAAAACAAGAAGCCCCUCCAUGCUCUCUUCACUGAAGCCGUGGGGCUCUCGCAGAAAACCACAACCAUCAACGAAGAAGAAGAAGAAGAAACCGAGUUGAAGAAGGAACUGAAGCAAUUAGAGGAAGAGGUGAGGAGCUUCAAGGAGAAAACAAAAGGGGUUCCAAAGAAUGCUGAGAGGAAGAGCUUAGUUUCUCUGUUUACCAAUCAACCUGCUAAUGCUAGGGCUAGAACAGAAAAGAAAGUGAAGGUGAGGGAGCCUAUGGUUUUUAAGGAGCUUUCACCAGAUAUGGAAUUGUUUGUGCAGCAUUUGUAUGAUAAUGGGUAUUUUAAGGAUGCCAAUUUUGCCAAGGGUAAGCAAAAAUUUGAUCCUGCUUGGUUUGAGAGUUUUUUUGCCAGGGGAUAUAUAAAGUUUGCAGCACAGAAAUUCGCUAGAGAUAACCGAGAAAUCGCCAAAUGGCUAUCAGGAAGUGCCUUGAAGCAAGUGGCAGUGUUUGGUUGCCCCUCCAUCGACAAGGGUAGUGUCUUUCCUGCAAAAAGACUGCGAAAUUUUUUUGAGGUUCAAGAAAACACUGUUUGCAGUGAAUGCAUGAUGCGACACUCGUGCAAUUUUGUAAAUCAAAGUGUGUGGAAAUGUGACACCAAUAAUUUGGAUUUGGAGGAAGUUAUGAAGGUUAUUAUUUCAUAUGCUUUAGAGUUAGUGCAUCCUAAGCUGGUAGUGCCUGAUCAAGUAAACAAGUCGAUCAGUCAAUUGCUGAAGGAAGUUGUGAAACAGAGUCAAAUUGCUUGAGAAUGCUUCUGGUUGACCGAGAAUAACACAUUAUUUUAACUUUUCCUCACAUAUCUGUCGGAAAUUGAGACACACAUUGCACAAGGGGGCAUAUAUUGAUGAUUUCUAUAAUUUCAAUGUAUGCAAUUAUGAUUACUGCAGGCAUUGGUGAUGUAUUUGCCUGAAUGAAUUAUAAAUGACGGUAUAUAUAUCAUGUCAAUUUGUGAAUUGAAUACAUCUGUGGCUUUUUGUAU